GGUGCGCCUCUCGUUCCCCGCGUUCUUCUUCCCGCCUCCCGUCGAAACAUCCGAGAGAGUUGAUCCAAAACGCCGGUCGUUUGCUCUUCGACGGUCGACAUGGCAAUCCGUCUGCGCCGCUUCCCGCACGCCGACCUCCCCCUCGCCGCCGCGGCGCCUCCUCCCUCUGCCUCGACGCCCUCCUCCCAGGACGAGCUGAAGCGCGUCGCCGCCCACCGAGCCGUGGAGCUCGUGCAAUCCGGCAUGGUCCUCGGUCUGGGCACCGGUUCCACCGCCGCCCACGCCAUCGACCGCGUCGGCGACCUCCUCCGCUGCGGGGCCCUCCGCGGCGUCGUCGGCGUCCCCACCUCCGAGUGGGCCGCCGCUCGCGCCGCAGCCGCCGGCAUUCCCCUCACGGACCUCAACGCCCACCCCGCGGUCGACCUUUCCAUCGACGGCGCCGACGAGGUCGACCCGGCCCUCAACCUCGUCAAGGGACGCGGCGGAUCCCUCCUCCGCGAGAAGAUGGUGGAGGCAGCCAGCCGCCGCUUCGUCGUCAUCGUCGACGAAUCCAAGCUCGUCCCCCGCCUCGGCGCCAGCCGCCUCGCCGUCCCCGUCGAGGUCAUCCCCUUCGGCUGGGCCCUAACUCUCCGCCGCCUCCAGAAUCUCUUCGACGCCGUCCCCGGGUUCAACCUCAAGCUCAGGACCGCCUCCACGGACGCCAAAGCCAGCGCCUUUGCUGAGAAAGGGGCCGAAUUCGAGCCAUUCGUGACCGACAACAAGAACUACAUUGUCGAUUUGUUCUUCGAGGACGGAAUCCAUGGCGAUCUCAGUCGUAUCAGCGAUGACAUUCUGAGGAUUACUGGUGUGGUGGAGCAUGGGAUGUUCCUGGGAUUGACGUCGUCGGUGAUCAUCGCCCGGAAGGAUGGGGCGACGAUGGUGGUGAACAAGGAGACAUGAAUUCGUUUGCUCUUUGGGAUCAAAAUUCCUUCUUUUUUUUUUAAUUCCAAAAAAAAACGAAGGCUAAUUGUUGCAGGAAAUUAGUUGCUAACGCCACGAAGCUUGUUUAGGGUUCUAAAUCUAGUCCUCGGGUUCAUGUUGCUGGAAUUGAUAGGAGGAUGUUUUCACAGGAAUUAUAUUUUUAUUAAUUAAAUUUAUUAUUAUUAUUAUUAUUA